AUGCCUCCGAAGAAGACGGCAGAAGAGCUUCAUGCUCUCUCGCACCCUCGGUCGAAGCGAUCAUACAAGGAGGUCAACUGGGCCAUCAAGAAGCUUGACUCCGAGCCGUUGCUGCGGUACGACAUCCAGUGGGAGGUGUUGAACGAGAUAUUCGCGGACCGCACCUUCAGCUUCACAGCGCCGGUCGACCAGCACUCUCCGCCGGGCCCACCCAGCUACCUCAACUUUGACCAGCUGUUCCUCGAAGCGAUCCUCUCGAGCAACAAGACGACGCAGAACGUCCGCGGCAAGCUGUCGAAGAAUGAGACGUUCGCCAUGAACUACUGCAAGAUCUGCUUCCUCGUCAAUAUUGGCCGCAUCAACACCACCCUCGCCUUCUACCCAAACAUGCGUACCGCCUUGCGCACGUACCAUCCUGUGCCGUCGCUGCAGACCGAGGAACACUCGCAGAAAGAGAUGUCGGACGCGCCGCGCAUCAAGGGCGUCCUGAAGGGCGCUGUGCUCGACUGGGAGAAUAACAACCUGCCGACAACGCUCAGGGAGGUUGCGCGACGACGAGCUUCGCCGGAUUUGACCCGAGGUCCGCCGACAACCGUGAUCGAGCUCAUCUUCCUCAUGUUCAACGAGGCGGGCUGGAUCACGGAGAAGUACUUCCCCGAAGGCUUCGACCUCUGGGACCUGUUCUUCCCUUCCGACAUGCCCGCUCGACCUCGCGCACAAGCCUUCCUCACCCUUCUUCACCACUUCCUCGAGAACCGCACCUUCAUCAAUGACUUCGAUACGCCCGGCAAACGAAUCCUCAGCCCGCCCAUCCAGCUCGUCCGCGAUCCGCCCGCUCAGAAGGAGAACGUCGACACGCCGAGCGAGUUGCAGUUUGCGCGCGAGAUGAAGGCUGUUCGUGACGGUGUUGUCAAGACAGUGCCGGCGAUCCAGAAGAAGGAGGAGGAGGCGAGGGAGAAGUUGCAGAAGCAGGCUGAGAAGGAGCAGGCGGUGCAGGCUGGUGAGCCCGCCGCGAAGCGUGCAAGGGUGGGAGGUCCCGGACGCAGCAAGCUGUCGUUCGCCAAGUCGCAGCACAAGCAAGCGCUGCUGGAGACACCACCAGACAUUCUCCCGCUCGGCUGGCAAUACGAGGACUGGAAUCACGACGUCCCGGUUUCUUCUGGCUUGCCAACAACCUGGCUGCACGUCAAGCGCGACUUGCUGCAGAACCGCGACCCGGACUACGACUCGGAUGAGGAAGGAGGAUGGCCAUUCGACCAGCUCAUCCGCCGCACGAUGCUCACAAUGGUCAAUCCGGCGACUGGACAGCGCGAGUCUGCGAAGGCGUUCAAGGAGUACGACGAAUGGACGCACAGGCGGGAGAAUGGCGACGGCGAGCAGUACGAGGAGGAUGAAGGCGAGGCAGAGGUCGGGGGGAGCGAGGUCGGGGAUGCAGAGUGA